AUGACACACCACGCAGCUUGUUUGCGUCACCUCGGUGCCGGAAAAUGGUCAUAUCCUAUAUUAAUAGACAUAUAAAUCAUUGGGCUGCUCGCUUACAUUUGAUUUAUGCCGAGCUUCUUGUCACGCUCAUUCAAUACGCUCUCCCCGCUUCCUUGGGUGAACGCACCUAUCGGAUAUGAUGUACUACAUCGCAGUGAUCACUGGUGGUACCAGCGGGAUCGGGCUUGCUGUCGCGCAGGCUCUGGUACGCCGCUUGACAUGGCGCGUGUAUAUUCUGGGCACAAACCAAGAGCGCGGCAGCAAGGCCGUUGAAGGACUUCCCGGCGCCUAUUUUCUCCGAUCAGACGUGAGGGACUACCAUAACCUGGCAGAUGCUUUUCACGAAAUAUAUAAAGAGAAUGGCAGGUUAGACCUUGUCUUUGCCAAUGCGGGUAUUCUUGAAUCAUGCGAUUUUCAUGCCCAGCAUCCAGAAAACAGGGUGCCACCGAAGCCGGAUCUGGAGGUUCUUGACGUGAAUCUCGUGGGGGUCGUUUACACCAGUUACUUAGCCCUGCAUUACUUUCGUCAGUCGUCCAGGAAUAACUCGGAGGCUAAUUUGGUCCUCACGGGAAGCUGUCUAUCUUUCUACCCUUCCACCAUACCACUCUAUACAGCAGCGAAGCACGCAUUAAUUGGGUUCAUGCGGUCCAUCGGAAAACGCUGUCAUGACGAGGGCAUUCGAGUCAAUGCUCUUUGUCCAGGGAUAGUGCAGACGAACCUAGGAAACGCGGACUCAUUCAGAGAUAUUCCCCCUGACAUUUUCGUCCCGAUCGGUGAGGUUGUCCGCGUAUUAUUACUUAUGGUGGAUGGACCUGAUGUGACAGACAGCAAGGGUGUGCAGGUCUCGGGUUCUGAAUUCUGGAGUCGAGCUGUAGAGGUCACCCGGAAGGGCUACUAUUUUCGGGAACCUCCAGAGUGGUCCGACGAACAUAUGGCUCGCACGAUGACUCAGAGUUUUCUACAGUUGUAA